CUUCUCUAACAAUCAAAAACGAACCAACCAAACAAAAAAUUGAACACAUCCUCUGCUCUCUGCAAACAAACAAACAAAAAACACCGAUUCGGUCGGAAUCAUUCGUCGGAAAUCUGUAAUGGGUAUCGUUGUCAAGUCUUUCAAGGAUCAAUUCUCAUCUGAUGAGCGAUUGAAGGAAUCGAACAACAUCAUUGCGAAAUAUCCAGAUAGAGUUCCUGUGAUCAUUGAGAAAUAUUCAAACGCAGAUCUGCCAGACAUGGAGAAGAACAAAUACUUGGUCCCACGAGACAUGACUGUUGGACAUUUCAUCCAUAUGCUAAGCAAAAGGAUGCAGUUAGAUCCAUCCAAAGCUCUCUUUGUUUUUGUACAUAACACACUUCCUCAAACCGCUAGUCGCAUGGACUCUCUCUACAAUACUUUCAAAGAAGAAGAUGGGUUCUUGUACAUGUGCUACAGCACCGAGAAAACUUUCGGCUAACCAAAGAUUUGUUGCUUCAUAUCGGAUCGAAGCGCACUCUGAAUAAUCCAUUUGUUUGAUUCUUAUGUUUGUGAAUAACGUCAGCUCUUGUUGUUGUUGUUAUUAUUGUUGUUAGCUGACAUUGUACAGAAAAGCUAAAAAAAACAUUUGACUUUG